AUGGUGUCACCAACAAACUAUACUACACCAAUAGUAGUAUCAGUAACAGGAAACUCUAGUCCACUAGGUGGUAUUGAAGAGGUGCUCAACCCAACCCUCCACCAUGAGUGUGAUAAUGUGGUGAACUGUCAUGAGAAAACAGGAAUGGAUUACAUCGGAGAAAGCAGACCAUUUAUGGAGCUUCUGGGUUCCUGGUCUUUCAGCAGACCCCAGAGGCCACAUACGGGCUGUGUGUUUAGCAGCUGCCACCAGUGCCCGUCAGUUAGAGUGCCCUGGCACUCGCUGUGCAGACAUGCCAUUGGUGGCAUACCUGUGCUUCUUACACCUUCUCUUUUUGCAGGAGACUUCUCUUUUGCAGGACAAAGUCCUUUUCUUCUUGACUUUUUCUUCCUAUUUCUUGUUUCAGAUGAAGAGGAAGCCUCCACGCCUAGUGCCGUGCCUCCAGGUGUGGGUAGUCGGGCCCUGGAAAGAAAAGAUUCAGAAUGGUCUCUUGGCGAAUCGCCUGCUACGGAGGAACAAGACAAGCAGAACGCCAAUUCCCAGCUGUCCACCCUCUUCGUGGAGAAGCCUCAAACAGGAUCAGUGAAAGUUGGUGAAAAUAUCACCUUUAUAGCCAAAGUCAAGGCUGAAGACCUUCUUAGAAAACCCACCAUCAAAUGGUUCAAAGGGAAAUGGAUGGAUCUGGCCAGCAAAGCUGGGAAGCACCUUCAGCUGAAGGAAACCUUCGAAAGGCAAACCCGGAUGUACACAUUUGAGAUGCAGAUCAUCAAGGCCAAAGAGAACUAUGCAGGAAACUACAGGUGUGAGGUCACCUAUAAGGAUAAGUUUGACAGCUGCACAUUCGAUCUUGAAGUACAUGAAUCUACUGGGACUACUCCAAACAUUGACAUCAGAUCUGCUUUCAAGAGAAGUGGAGAAGGUCAAGAGGAUGCAGGGGAGCUUGACUUUAGUGGUCUCCUGAAACGUAGGGAGGUGAAGCCUCAGGAGGAAGAACCCGAGGUAGACGUGUGGGAGCUGCUGAAGAACGCGAACCCCAACGAGUAUGAGAAGAUCGCCUUCCAGUACGGCAUCACCGACCUGCGCGGCAUGCUCAGGCGGCUCAAGCGCAUGCGCAGAGUGGAGAAGAAGAGCGCAGCUUUUGCAAAAAUUCUUGACCCUGCAUAUCAGGUUGAUAAAGGAGGCAGAGUAAGGUUUGUUGUGGAACUGGCAGACCCAAAGUUGGAGGUGAAAUGGUAUAAAAAUGGUCAAGAGAUUCGACCCAGUACAAAAUACAUCUUUGAGCAUAAAGGAUGUGAAAGAAUCAUGUUUAUCAAUAACUGUGCGCUAACGGAUGAUUCAGAGUAUUAUGUGACAGCUGGUGAUGAGAAAUGUUCCACCGAGCUGUUUGUGCGAGAGCCUCCAAUUAUGGUAACCAAACAGCUGGAAGAUAUGAAUGCUUACUGCGGGGAAAGAGUGGAAUUAGAAUGUGAGGUGUCGGAAGAUGAUGCUAAUGUGAAAUGGUUUAAGAAUGGUGAGGAGAUUAUUCCUGGUCCAAAAUCAAGAUAUCGAAUUAAAGUUGAGGGCAAAAAACAUAUUUUGAUCAUAGAGGGAGCAACGAAGGCUGACAGUGCAGAAUAUUCUGUAAUGACAACGGGAGGACAAUCAUCUGCUAAACUUAGUGUUGACUUGAAACCUCUGAAGAUUUUGACACCUCUGACUGAUCAAACUGUAAACAUUGGAAAAGAAAUCUGCUUGAAGUGUGAAAUCUCUGAAAACAUAUCAGGAAAAUGGACUAAAAAUGGCCUACCUGUUCAAGAAAGUGACCGUCUGAAGGUCAUUCACAAAGGAAGAAUCCACAAGUUAGUGAUAGCCAAUGCUCUUACUGAGGAUGAAGGUGAUUAUGUAUUUGCACCAGAUGCCUACUCUGUUACUUUGCCUGCCAAAGUUCAUGUUGUUGAUCCUCCUAAGAUCAUCCUGGAUGGUCUUGAUGCUGACAAUACAGUGACAGUAAUAGCAGGAAGCAAGCUUCGUCUUGAAAUUCCUGUCACCGGAGAACCACCUCCCAAAGCCCUUUGGAGCCGAGCCGAUAAGGCUAUUAUGGAGGGCAGUGGCCGGAUAAGAGCAGAAUCUUACCCUGACAGCAGCACUCUGGUUAUUGACGUUGCUGAAAGAGAUGACUCUGGUGUUUACCACAUAAAUCUGAAAAAUGAAGCCGGGGAAGCACAUGCAAGCAUCAAGAUUAAAGUUGUGGACAUCCCUGAUCCUCCAGUGGCACCAAGUGUGACAGAUGUGGGAGAUGAUUGGUGCAUCAUGAACUGGGAGCCUCCUGUCUAUGAUGGAGGGUCCCCAAUCUUAGGAUACUUUAUUGAGAGGAAAAAGAAACAAAGCUCCAGAUGGAUGAGGCUAAAUUUUGAUCUCUGCAAAGAAACAACUUUUGAGCCCAAGAAGAUGAUUGAAGGUGUAGCUUAUGAGGUCCGCAUCUUUGCAGUCAAUGCCGUUGGUAUCUCCAAGCCCAGUAUGCCCUCCAAGCCUUUUGUUCCUUUGGCUGUAACCAGCCCUCCUACACUUCUGGCCGUUGACUCUGUAACUGACACCACUGUCACAAUGAAGUGGAGGCCCCCGGACCAGAUUGGUGCAGCAGGUUUAGAUGGCUAUGUGCUAGAGUAUUGCUUUGAAGGAAGUACAUCAGCAAAACAGUCUGAUGAAAAUGGGGAGGCUGCAUAUGACCUACCAGCCGAGGAUUGGAUAGUUGCAAACACAGAUCUGAUCGAUAAGACCAAGUUCACCAUCACAGGUCUGCCUACAGAUGCAAAGAUCUUUGUUCGCGUGAAGGCUGUGAACGCUGCGGGCGCCAGCGAGCCCAAAUACUACUCCCAGCCCAUCCUGGUGAAGGAAAUCAUAGAGCCUCCGAAGAUUCGCAUCCCAAGGCACCUGAAGCAAACCUAUAUCCGCAGAGUUGGAGAAGCUGUCAAUCUGGUUAUACCUUUCCAGGGAAAACCAAGGCCAGAAUUAACUUGGAAGAAAGAUGGUGCAGAAAUUGAUAAGAAUCAAAUAAACAUUCGCAACUCUGAGACUGAUACAAUCAUAUUUAUCAGAAAAGCAGAAAGGAGCCACUCUGGGAAAUAUGAUCUGCAAGUCAAAGUGGAAAAAUUUGUGGAAACGGCUUCAAUCGAUAUCCAGAUCGUUGACCGUCCAGGUCCACCUCAACUGGUGAAGAUUGAGGAUGUCUGGGGAGAGAAUGUUGCUCUAUCAUGGAUACCACCAAAGGAUGAUGGAAAUGCAGCCAUCACAGGGUACACGAUCCAGAAAGCUGAUAAGAAGAGCAUGGAAUGGUUCACUGUCAUUGAGCAUUACCACCGAACCAAUGCUACCAUUACUGAACUGGUCAUAGGAAAUGAAUAUUAUUUCCGGGUCUUUGCUGAGAACAUGUGUGGCCUCAGUGAGGAUGCAACAAUGACUAAGGAGAGUGCUGUGAUCGCCAAGGAUGGUAAAAUCUACAAAAAUCCAGUGUAUGAAGAUUUUGAUUUCACGGAGGCACCCAUGUUUACUCAGCCUUUGGUUAACACCUAUGCUGUGGCUGGUUACAAUGCCACCCUGAACUGCAGUGUGAGAGGAAAUCCUAAGCCCAAAAUAACCUGGAUGAAAAACAAAGUUGCUAUUGUGGAUGACCCAAGAUACAGGAUGUUCAGCAACCAAGGGGUCUGUACUCUGGAGAUUCGCAAGCCUAGCCCCUAUGAUGGAGGCACUUACUGCUGCAAAGCUGUCAAUGACCUUGGGACAGUGGAGAUCGAAUGCAAACUGGAGGUGAAAGUGAUAUAUCAAGGACUAAAUACCCCUGGACAACCAAUCUUCCUGGAGGGGCAGCAACAGGUGGUCUUUCCUUCUGCAGGCUUCUCUUGCAAGGCGUACCUCCUAACAUAA